ACCCGACUCAGCUCAGUAUUGCCUGAUAUCAAUAUGGGAAAAAUGAGGUUUUGGUGCUCACUGGGUUUGCUGAUGCUGAUAGUUGGAAUAGCGGUUGCACAUUCUAGUGAAGAGUGCGACGAUAGCCACGAGUCAUGUCAUGGACCAGGAGAUGGAGGAAAUAAUGGCGGUGGAGGUGAUAAUAAUACAGGAGGGGAAAGUGGUGAAAAAGGCGACUCGGAACGUCCCAGCCGCUGCAAAAAUAAGCCGGACGGUACCCUUCUACCGUCGUAUGAUUGUAGCAUGUUCAUAGUUUGCGAGGGAGAAAAAGAACUUGAAGAGGAUUGUCGUCCAGCGGGAACAAUGUUCGAUCCCGAACGAGAAGUUUGUGAUUACCCGGAAAAUGUCAAGUGCUGGGAAGGUGACUUAUGCGCCGGGAAAUCUGACGGCGCAGUUGUACCUUCGGAUGAUUGUCAAUAUUUCAUCGUUUGCAAUGAUGGACGUCUCGGUGACGAAUACAAAUGUGUCCCGGACGGUACCCUUUUUGAUUAUCAACGUGGAGUGUGUGAUUACCCAGACAAUGUAAUAUGUUGGGGAUCUGAAGGCCCAAAUACAUGUGAAGGAAGGCCUGAUGGUGCGUUAGCUCCAGCUAUUGAUUGUUCAAAGUAUGUUGUUUGCCAAGGUGGAGAAAAAGGCGAAGAAGUACAAUGCUUACCGGAAGGAACCGUUUUCGAUCACAUCCGAGAAGUGUGUGAUUAUCCAGAAAACGCAAUAUGCUGGGAAGCAGGUGGGGGUGGAAGCGGUGGCGGAUCCAAUGCUACGACCGCUCUUCCUCCAACAAGGCCUCCUCUUGAUGGGGAAAUUCCAAAAGAUAUUUGUAAGGGAAUCAUUAUCGAUAUUUUGCCUCACCCUACAGAUUGCACAAAAUACAUUGUAUGUGUUAUGGGGCAACCCACUGUCGAAUCUUGCGACGAAGACGAAAUUUUCUACCCCUCUAUUGGUGUCUGUGGAUAUGGUAAUACUGAAACUUGUGAAGGCGACGAAAAGUGGCUGAUGAGUUAUCUCACAGAACAUAACAUAAAGUCUACCGUUUGAGUAAGAUAAGCAACAUUUAAUUUCAUUAACGCUGCAAAUUUAGAGCACCCGCAAGAUGAUAAAUUGCUACUAAACCCCUGAACUUAUCUAGCACGUAUACAUUGUGAAUAAUAGUACAUGAAAAAACUCUUCCAAUGAUUUCUUUUUAUGCCAAAACCUCAAUCCCAUCUCAUUCAGUAACAGCUCCUCGAGUGUUCAAGAUGAAUGCCAAAUUUUUAGUUAUUUUGACCAUCGCUCUACUGGCAGCAUCUUGCAAUGCUGAUAGUAAAGAAAAGGGCAAAGGACCCCACAAAAGCUCUAAAGAAUCAGGUGAAUCCAUAGAAAGAAAAGAUUCUGCCGAAUCCUUCGAAGAAAAGCCAAAAUUUCGUCCUGAGAGUACUGCUGCCGUAACACCCGAAACUUCUACAAGUCCACAGGAGUCUAGUCCGCCAGUUCCGAAUUCCACAGAAGAAACCGAAGAUACUACCGUGGACACCACAGCCGAAACUACCGUUGAACCUGAUGUAGAAACUACCGAGGAACCUAUUGCUGAAACUUCUACCGUCGAGCAGCCAACAACAGUGUCAAUCUCAGAAGCUGAACUGAAAGCUCUUUGCAAAGGGCAGUUGAUGGGUCUGAAACACUACCCAGGAGACUGUUCCCGUUAUGUUGUUUGCGCUCUUGGACGACUAGUUGGCGAAUACAGCUGUGAGCUUAACAAUGUCAACCAUAUACUUGGAAUCUGUGCCUGCUGACUUGAUAUGUGUGGAAAUAACCGGCGAAUGGAAACGUGAUCGAUUAUAAGCUUUUUAAAUAGAUAUCAAUUUGACUACUA